AAACAAAUCACAGAAGGGAACGUUCACCGAUAACACCGGAAAAAACAAAUUCUUCAAAAUGUUACGGUUUGGGAGCUUGAUAAGAAACCUUAAUGCAAGGAGUGGUGAUUUGUUCCCCCUGCGAUGUUUUCAUGUAUCUGCCACAGGACCUGAGACACAGUUCCUUGAGACAUCAUCUCUUGGGAAGACCAGACAAAUCGCAUAUCAGAAGAUUGACGGCAUUCGUAGUCCAGGAAUCAUGUAUAUCCCGGGUUUCAUGUCUCAUAAGGCUGCUACAAAAGCAACUAUGCUACACAUGUUUUGCCAGGAGUAUGGUUUCCCAUAUAUCAGGUACGAUCCUAGUGGCUUGGGCGAGACAAAAGGGGUGAAGCAGUCAGAGACAAAUUUAACUGUAUGGUUGGAAGAUGCUGCCCAAGUGCUCUCAAAUUUAACAGAUGGACCACAGCUUGUAGUUGCUUCAUCCAUGGGUGGCUGGAUAUCAUCAAUCCUAGCAAAAAGGUAUCCUGAGAAAUUCAGCAGUUUGCUUAUGUUAGCUCCAGCCAUUAACUUUGGAAGGAAGUACAUGCAGGUCCUCUUGUCUCAGUUGCCCCCUGGACUAGUAAAGAAAUUUGAAGCAGAUGAAGUAGUGAAGCUUUUUGUACCUGAGUAUGGCGAGUUCCCCCUAAGGAAGAGCAUGUUUGAAGACAUGAAGCAACACGAGUUAAGCAUGGAGGCCGGCAGUAUUCCAGUACAGUGUCCAACUAGAAUUAUACAUGGUGUAAAGGACAAGGAUGUACCAUACAAAGAAUCCCUUCAAGUGCUUGGAGCCUUGCAAACAAAUGAUGUUCAGCUGCUGUAUGUCAAGCAUGGUGGGCACCAACUCUCAGACAGUGCCAGCCUUGAAAUAAUCUGUGACACUAUUCUUAAAAUGACUGCCCCAAAACAUAAAAAAGAAUGAGUUUAAAAGGGGUAGAGACACAAAACUUUUUUUUUUUUCAGAUGAUAUAUUAAGCUUUAUAUAUUUUAUUAAUGAUAGCAUGUACACAAAUGACUUAAAGAUAAUGUAUGUGUGUAUAUGUACAUUUAUAAGUAGUCUAUAUCAAUGCAAUUAGUAAGUAAGUGCAGCUAUGGUGACAAAUUUUAUAUAAAGGUAAUUUAAGUUUAGGAUCAGUAGAUGAUUUUAUUUUGUAUUUUUUAUAAUACAAAGUGUUUCCUAAUCAAUAAUGAAUUGUAAGUCUUUUGCAACAGUUCUUCAUCCUUAUGCAGAUGUUUGCAACCUUAGAGUUACUGAGAAUUUAUCUUAAAUAAGUGAAAUUGUCUUUAUUUUUUCUUAUAUGUGCAUUUAGGUGCAACCUCUAGUCUCACUCAAUUGGUGAUCAUUAUUUUUAAUUCCACAAAUAGUUAUGGCCCCUAUCCUCUUAUAAUUGGAAAUAUUUAACAGCAGAUGCAUGUCACAGCCAGAAUUUUCUGGUAUUGUGUUUACUAUUCAUUAUAUCCUGUGUCUUCCUAUUUUUAUGUUAAUGUUAGAUUUAAUUUAAUUUUGCCAUAAUAAUGUUAGUUGUUGUUUUGUUAGCAUUACUGACUGUAUUGUUAUUUUAGUCCUUGUAGACCCUAGUAUGGCUACAGACUCAAAUCAGACAAAACAACUAAAGAAAUAACAAAUUAGAUAUCAUGGCAUCAUCUUUUUCUUUUCAUAUUAGUAUCAUGUUUCAGAAAUAGUUCAUCAAAAAUUUGUGUGUGAUUUAUAAAUAUGCAAUGGUCAUAUCAUAAUUCUUGUAUAGAGCUAUUUAUUUAUUUAUAAAUAAUUUUAUAACAAAUCUAAAGGUAUAUCAAUAUUUAUAUAUACUGUAAAAUUUUGAGUAAUGUGUAUUUUGAAUUCAUCAAGGUAGUUAUAAUGUUUUAAUGUAACAUUUUUAAUCGGUCAUAUCAAAGUAAAUUUUUCACUAUUUCAAUGCACUCUCAAGUUAGGUGGAUUAAUAUGUAUUUGAAGAAAAUAAAAAUGGGAAUAAAUA